AAAAGAAUAUUGACGAUGCUGAGCUAUGGAAAGUGCGUUUAUGAAGUUCAGUCUGCCAUUUCCAACAUGGCGGCCCAGGGCGAAAGCAGCGUGGCUGGAAACUUUUUGAGUUUUAAUGGGGCACAAAACGGAUUGAAUCAAGGUAGCAAAAAAAGGAAACGAGUCAACAAAAAUAAAAAGAAAAGCUGGAAUAAGCACAGUGAUAUUAACGACGUAGAGGAAUUUCUCGAUGAUGUGCGCCUUCAGCAACGGACUCUGGGAGGCAUACUAUCAGAAAAGUCAGAUGACAGCUUGUUCUUCCUAGACACUGGAGAUGAAAAGAAAGAUUUGAGAUUGAACAAAAGAAAGAACAAACCACUGAAGAUAGAUCUCAUCCUGCAACCUGAUUCUCAGAUUCCUGCCCCCAAAGAUAUUUUAUCUUACCAGCAACCCAAUGCAAAAAAGCUCCGUCGGAUUGCUAUUCGUGCAAAGAAAUUAGAAGCCCAAGGAGUGCUGCCAAGAUCACAAAGGCUACUACUAGCACGGCUCAAGAAUCCUCCUACAAGAAAUGCUGGACAACAGCUGCCUGGCAAUGAUCCAGGGAGGUGCUUCUUUGAUCUCUGGGGUGACACGGAAGGUGAAGCACCAAAGGAAGAUCCCUUUUACUUAGAACAGACAAAAAGGAAGCAAGUUGCACGUCCACGCCGACUUAAUAUCAAGCCUUCAGCUUUGCCACCUGUGGAAAUUCCUGUGGCGGGAGCAUCUUACAACCCAGAUUUUGAGUCUCACCAGUCCUUACUGCUUCAGGCACAUGAAGUGGAAGUGAAGAGGCAGAAAGAAGAAGAUAGGCUACAGCGACAAUUGGCUGUGCCACCCGAGGCUGUUGCCACUGAAGAAACUAAAUUCACUGAGCAACUUGAAGGACUGCUAGAGGAAGAUGAAGAAUCUGAAACAGAAAAAGAUGAUGCACCAGGGAAAGGGGCAGAAGCUGAAGCUGAAGCAAAAGAGAAAAAAACUGAAAAAGAAAGGAAACGAGAAAGACUUUUACGAGAGAUGAAAAUGCACAGUAUUGCCCAACGGAAAGCCAAGGAUCACAAGCAAGAGCUUUUUCGACUUCGCUCAAUCAAGGCUGAAUUGCGUAAAUCUGAGGAGGUUACAGCACAGAGGCAACAAAAGCGUAGGGAUAAGAAGGAUGCAGAAGUUACAAAAACCAAAAGACUUGGCCGACUGAAAUAUCAGGAUCUUGAUUUGGAUGUCCAGCUAAGUGAUGAGAUUUCAGGAUCACUCCGGAAAUUAAAGCCAGAGGGCAGUAUCUUAAAGGAGAGAUUCAAGAGCCUGCAGAAGAGAAACCUCAUAGAGCCAAGAGAGAGAGCAAAGUUCAAACGAAAAUACAAGUUGAAGUAUGUAGAGAAGAGAGCAUUCAAAGAAGUACAGUUGUAACUUUUAUUGUGUACAGAUGACUUACCACUCCCGGAAAGACUCUCUGCAGCCACACUAAUAAAUGUUUUGUAAAAAGGUGUUUGCUGUUCCAUACAACAUAGAAGUUCUUCUGCACAUUUGACUUCCUGUAUUUUCCCCCAAGUGGCUGAUUUCACAAUUGCCCCUUACCUGCAGUUUUCUUUAUUUUCAAGUUUUGGUUUUUCAUGCCAAUGACAAAUGAUCUUUUUCAGACAGAAUGAUGAAUGGAAAGUGUCUGUGUUGAAUAUAUACAGGAAUCAGAGGAAACUUCUUGUUUUUUGUUUUAUGUAAUAUAUGAUAAAAACAAAAUAAAGAUUCACUUUCUCCCUUUGCCCCUUGUUAGGGAAACCAGUACUUGUGAUUUAUGUUUUCUUUUUUGGAUGUCCAGCUUUAGCUUAAAGGGAAAACUCAAAAGACAACUUUCUUUCAGCUGUAAUGCAAGUGAGACAAAAUAUGCUUCUUUAACAUGAGGGGAAUUUGGGAGAAGGAAUUACCUAAGGGAAUGAGCAGUUCCAGCUGGCUUCAGCUUUUGGGAAAAUAAUGGACUUGGAACAACUUGUUCACUGCUAGGGAAGAGCAAAAGAUGAGACACCUUAUGAGCUUAGAUAUUAGGUUCACAGGAAAAAUAAAAAAAAACUGCCAUGGCUAGCUCAACUGUAAAGGAUUAAUUGCAAGUGAGUCUGUGUGUAUAAUUUCUUUUUAUGUUUAGCAUUAUUUAUGCUUGUUUGGAAAUUUUUCCCGUGGAAAGAGUUCUUGUUUAUCCCCAUUCUAUAUGCUGAGCUCAGGGCUGUAAUACAUGAGACCUGACUCAAUGUUUUUUUUGUCAUCUCGGACUUGUCUUGGACUUUAAGGUAUUUGUACUUAGACUUGGCCACUGGUCUCGCCAAAUAAUAUUGUCAGUGGUCUCGAAUCGACA